AUGGCUGGAAUCUUUGUGUUUCCAAUAGACAAAAUCCUGAAGCAGAAGAGGAACUUGUUUAUCCAUUCAGUGGGUGAGGGUACAAUAAAUGCCUUGCUGGAUGACCUAUAUGAGGAUGGAGUAAUUAGCCAGGAGGAGAUGUAUAAAGUGAGAUAUGAAAAUUCCACAGUCAUGGAUAAGGCUCGAGUCUUGAUUGACUGCAUUAUUGGGAAAGGACCCAGAGCUUCCCAAAAAUUUAUCAAGCAUAUCCGUGAAGAAGACCCUGAACUUGCAUGCAAGUUGACUUUGCACUUAGUUUCUCAGAGCCAGGUCUAUGACAAUUACCAAUACAAUAAACAAAUCAUCCUUGCUGGGAAAGCAAUAGAGAAAACCCAUGGACAGAUGGACAGAUACUCCAUUGCAAGAAUGAAGCUUCCCCUCAAAAAGCUCCGCCUAGGCAGCUCUGAGCUGGAUAGCUUCAUAUUGAGAAUACUCAUGACACGGGAGUCAGUUGUACAGCCAUGA